GUGUUUACAGUUUUUUGUGGGUGGUGCGUGUCAGAAAAUUUUCACAACUUCAAAUAAAUUAAAUUUUAGCCUUAUUUUUCACGAUUUGAAUGCUGACCAGUGACUCGCAAUGGUAAACCGUCCGAUAGUGACCGGCCUCUCGCCGAAGGAGGGUCCACCGGGAACGCGCGUCACGAUCCGGGGCGAAUUUCUCGGCUCGAAGGCGACUGACCUAGUUGGGUUGAUCAUCUGCGGCUGCGACUGUCUGCUGUCGGCGGAGUGGAAAUCCGACAAGAAGAUCAUUGCCCGGACGGGAGCGGCCAAGGGAAAGGGUGAUAUUAUUGUAACGACGAGGAAUGGGGGGACGGGCACGUCGACGGUGCAGUUCCGGGCGUAUUACGAGACGAUUGGACCGAUGAAGGAAUCCGCGGUUUGGAUUGAGGAAUCUCCGAUGCAGUCGUUGGCGUGGGGGAGGAGGUCGUUGGCUCCGACUGGGUACAUUCAGGAAGAUCCGCUGGGGUUGUCGAUUGAGGGGAACGAUAAAAAGUUUCCCGAGGAUUUGAGAGAUAUAUUUCCGGACGGAUCUGGGGAUUUGUCGCAGGAGAAUUUUCUUCCUGGGUGGUUCUUGCUGGAGAAUCAUCACGCAACUUCGUUUGAGGACUUGAAGGCUGGGUUGUCGUAUUUGCGACGACGGGUUGAGAGCCAGAAGGAGGGACAGUUGUCGUUUUUGAAGUCGAACGCCGGUUCGGUGAUGGACCAGCUGGACACGUUGAUGGCACUGCGGGAUCGCGUCGCGCAGGACACCAAGUUGUACGGGAAGGAUCAGGUUAAAGAUUUGGAAGUUGCGAUACAGAAAUCGAUCGACGCAUCGCAUGAGUUGUUUAAGGACGUUUUAUCCCGGAAGGAGAAAGCGGAUGCCACGAGGGCGGCAUUGUCUGCGUUGUCCCGGCACAAGUUUCUGUUUUGUUUGCCGAAUUCGGUGGAAAAGAGUGCCGCCAGGAAUGAGUUUGACAUCGUUGUGAACGAUUACGCCCGGGUAAAGAACCUGUUUGGGAAGACCGAAGUUCCCAUUUUCAAGAAGGUUCUGGAGGAAGUUGAUUUGAAGAUUUUGGGCAUUCGUCAGCAGUUGCAUGGGAAGAUUAAGGAAAUGCCUCAGGGCGUUGAACAGCAGAAGAAGCUGGUGAAGGCACUGAUCAGCUUGGAAGCGCAACAAGCCGGAACGAGUGUGGCCAGCCGGCUGAAAAUUGAAGACCCUGCCUGGGAUGCCAUCGAAGCAAGGGCCAAAUACCUAGAAGACACAUUCCUGAAGUCAUACGAUCAAUAUACCGGCAAGGAAGGAACUCCCGAAUCUAAAUCUCGCAACGAUCCAAACGCCACUCCAGUUCGAGUCCAGUUCUGUGAAGAAAUGACCGAAAUAGCUGCGUCCCAAUUCCCUGAUCUCUGGCGUCUUGGUCAAGCCUACUUCACCGGUGAACUCCGCGGCGCCGGCCAACCCAAACCCGGCAACUUCAAACGAAUCAUCCUGACCGUCAUCGAACAGUUCUGCUCCUACCUGAAAGCUGCUCUGCUUCCAGCCGGAAACCAACGAACUCUCCUGGUCAGCACCAUGAAAGGCCUCCCAACCUGGCCGGCAAGUAACCUUUCCCUAAACUACCUAAUCACCUGGCUACCGCACUGUCUGCGGUACGUACGCGUCUCGUACGCCACCCUAAUCCGGCUGGACCUGCCCGGGGAAGCGCUCGAUAUUGUCCUCAAGUUUAUCGACGAACUGCGACUGUACUGUUUGUCCACCAUUCUGAAGAAGGCCAACGAAAAGGUCAAAAAGCUGCACGAGAAGGAAACGUGGGAGUUCCCGGUGGCGGACUUUGCCGGAGCGACCGGACUGCCCUCCAAACUGGAAGAAAUCCUCACGGAAGCCAUCGACGACGCCCAGGUCAUUUGCCUGACGCCGGAGAUCCGCGAAACGUCCCUGCUCGAACCGCAGUCCGACGGCCAGCGGGAAAUGUCCAAACGCAUCCAGGAACUGCUGGGCACGUUCUGCGGCGUAAUCGAAACCCUGGCCCUCCAGCGCUCCGACGAGGACCCCCAGCAGGCACCGAUGCUGUCGCAGCUGAUCGGCUUUCCGGCGGCACUGCUCCAGCAGCAAAUCUCCGGCGGCACCGACAAAAGCUGGGGCUCGAGCAUCACCUGGGAGCAGCGAAUGCUGUGCUGUCUUUCGAAUUGCAUUUAUUGCAACAAGGUUUUCUUUCCCAAGUUGGCGGGACUGUUUACCAAACACAACUAUCCGGUUCCAUCGAUCGCCAUCGAGAACUCCCGGUCCACGGUAAACACGCUGUUCUCCAGCUUGCUCGACAUGUACGUAGAGCACAAGAGUGACCCGCUGGUCGGCACCAUCGAGCCCUCGAUGUACAUUGGCCGCUUCCAGUGGGACCAGGUUGGACCCUCGGACAAGCUCAGUCCGUACGCGCACGAGUGCUGCGACAACCUGGUCUCGGUUUACUCGGAGAUCUUCUCCAUCUCGCCGGUUCUGCUGCGUCCCGUACUCGAGCCGAUCGUGCAAACCGUGGCCGAGGAGCUGGCUCGGCUGAUGACGUGCGUGCAAAAGUUCAACGUGAACGGCGCCCUGCAGGCCAAGGUCGACAUCAACGUGAUCCGGGACGCGGUGCGCGUGUACAGCAACGAUACGGCCAAGUCAUUCUUCGUGGAAGCACUGGAGGCGAUUCCGCAGGUUGCUGAAAGCGAGGACCGCAUCCAGGAAACGGUGCGCCAAAUCAAAAACAACAUGCGGCUGCAGCUGAUGUGUCUGCAGGUGGUUGAUCCCUGACACGAUUCCGUCAACUUCCGGAUGAUGAGCUUCCACCACGGGUCGUCGUCCAGGAAGGUGAAGAAGGUCGGCAAAGAAGGGUCGGUUGGAGAGUGAGGUGUUCGAUUUGAGAGGGGAAAAUAAAUAAUUUGCAAAGAUUUUUUUUUUAAAUUGA